AUCAUUUUCCAUCAGGGCACGGAAAACUUGCUUCCGUCCCCUUCCAUGGCAUUCUCUGCAACUACUUCGUACUCUCCCCAAGUUCUCCGUGUCCCUAAAGGCCUGCCUCCGAUCUCUGUUCCUCCUAAUUCAGUCUCUUUUCGAUUUUCACGACCAAAUCUCCAUCAUCGAAAACCUUUUUCGAUUCGAUCAGUUCAAGUUCCAGCUGCACCAAUACCUGAAGGGUUGGCACCUGCGAUUUCUCUUACUGAUAAUGCACUGAAGCACUUGAACAAGAUGCGGUCCGAGCGCAGCCAAGAUUUAUGCUUAAGGAUUGGUGUUAAACAGGGUGGUUGCUCUGGCAUGUCAUACACAAUGGAUUUUGAGGACACGGCUAACACAAGACCAGAUGACUCCAUUAUUGAAUACAAUGGUUUCGUAAUUGUUUGUGAUCCCAAGAGCCUACUCUUUUUGUACGGCAUGCAAUUGGAUUACAGUGAUGCUCUUAUUGGGGGAGGCUUCUCUUUCAAGAACCCGAAUGCUACUCAAACCUGUGGAUGUGGCAAAUCUUUUGCUGCAGAAAUGUAAAAUCAAAAUUAGACAAUAUAGUGAUUUAUUUAACUAUACUUAGAUUGUAUAAUAACAUUUCUAAUAAAUGGAAUUUCCUUUGAUGAAUUGUCAAGAAGAAA